AUGUCGAAGCACGACCUCCACAUGCAGCCGCGCAUGGUCAAGAAGGGACCCUUCUCGGUUGAGGCUCCCGGCUACGAAAAGAAGGACGGCGAGACCAUUCCUCGCCGACACCCGGCCGCAAAGGAUGGCCUCAUCCUGCGCCCGGCGGAGGACGUCGCGACCACCUACGACAACCUCCGCCGCGCUGCCCGCCUGUUCGGCAACAACAGGGCCAUCGGCAGCCGCAAGCUGAUCAAAACACAUGUGGAGAACAAGAAGGUCAAGAAGAUGGUGGAUGGUGUGGAGCAGGAGGUCGAAAAGCAAUGGACCUACUUUGAGAUGAGCGGGUACAGCUACAUGACCUUCCUCGAGUAUGAGCAGCUCUGCCUCCAGCUCGGCGCCGGCCUGCGCAAACUGGGGUUGGAGAAAGACGGCCGCAUCCACCUGUACGGUGCGACGAGCGCACACUGGCUGGCGAUGUCGUACGCCGCCUCGUCGCAGUCCAUCACCAUUGUCACCGCGUACGAUACCCUGGGCGAGGAGGGCCUCAAGCACUCCCUGGUCCAAACCUCCUCUACCGCCAUCUUCCUCGACCCUAAUCUGAUCAAGUCCCUGGCCCACGUCCUCAAGGAUGCCCCCUCCAUCAAGCACGUCAUCUAUAACACCGACAACGAGGUCAAGCAGGAGGAUCUGGAGAAGUUGAAGAGUGACUUCCCCCACAUCCAGGUGCUAAGCCUGGAGGACCUGCGCGCGUCCGGCGAGGAGCACCCCGUGGACCCCGUGCCGCCCAAGCCGGAGGAUCUCUGCUGCAUUAUGUAUACAUCCGGCUCGACUGGCCCCCCCAAGGGGGUUCCUCUGACCCAGGCCAACGUGAUUGCGGCCACUGCUGGGGUCAACGAGAUUGUCGGCCCCUACGUCGGCCCCAACGACUCGCUGCUCACCUAUUUGCCGCAAGCGCACAUUCUCGAGUUCAUGUUCGAGAACCUGUGCUUGUUCUGGGGAGGCUGCAUGGGAUACGGCAACCCUCGCACAUUGUCCGAUGCCUCCAUGCGCAACUGCAAGGGUGACAUCCGUGAGUUCAAGCCCACCAUUCUGGUUGGCGUUCCGGCGGUGUGGGAGUCUGUCAAGAAGGGUGUGUUGAACAACCUCAACAAAAACAGCUUCAUCAUCAAGGGCAUGUUCUGGGGUGCGAUGGCGGCCAAGAACUUCCUGCUGACCAACGGGUUCCCCGGCGCUAACACGGGUGCGUCGAUCCUGGAUGCUAUUGUCUUCAAGAAGCUCAAGGAUGCCACCGGUGGCCAACUCCGCCUCAUGAUGAACGGUGGUGGCCCCAUUUCCAAGGACACCCAGCGUUUCCUCUCGAUGGCCAUUGCUCCCAUGAUCAGUGGCUACGGCUUGACCGAGACCUCGGCCAUGGGUGCUCUGAACGAUCCGUUGGCAUGGAACCCCAACGCGCUCGGCGAGGUGCCCGCCUCGAUCGAGAUCAAGCUCGUCGACUUUCCCGAUGCCGGCUACCUGACCAAGAACAAGCCCCCCCAGGGGGAGAUCUUCAUCCGCGGUGGCGGCGUGACAUCGGGCUACUUUGACAACGAGGAGGAGACCAAGAGCGCACUGACCGAGGACGGCUGGUUCAUGACCGGCGACAUUGGCGAGUUCGACCCCAACGGCCACCUGCGCAUCAUCGACCGCAAGAAGAACCUGGUCAAGACGCUGAACGGCGAGUACAUUGCUCUGGAGAAGCUGGAAUCUGUGUACCGUUCCACCCCGGUGGUUGGCAACAUCUGCGUCUACGCUGCAGAGGACCAGGACAAGCCCGUGGCCAUCAUUGUCCCCGUGGAGCUUGCGUUGAAGAAGAUUGCGAGCGAGAACGGCAUCUCGGGGGACACCCUCGAGGCCCUCGUGCACAACGAGAAGCUCCAGCGCCUGGUUCUCCAGCAGCUGCAGAGCUCUGGUCGUGCCGGUGGCUUGAGAGGUAUUGAGAUCAUCAACGGUGUGGUGCUCUCUGAUGAGGAGUGGACUCCUCAGAACGGCUUCAUGACUGCUGCCCAGAAGUUGCAGCGCAAGAAGAUCGUGAACAAGUACAAGGCCGAGAUCGACAAGGCCUACGGCAAGAAAUAA